AUGUAUCGCUCUCUACUUGGUCUAGCCUUUCUUUCUUUGGUCAUUGCCUGCCAUGCAUCACCCCGAGUCGACUUCCCCGACAAUUGUGAUGCAGAUUGCCAGGUCAGCGUCAAGACUGCCCUGGCCACCGAGCAAGCCCAAUGGGUCAGUGGCAACGUCUCCACCGAUCCUUUCUAUGCCAAUCCCAGCAACCUGUCGGCCUACGCAGCCGGCGAUAUCGUCCGGUGGGAGGAUCUUUCGCCGGACGUCAUGUCUGACAAAUGGUCGCUGCCGCCGGGCACAACCCUCUCGCGGUUCCUGUACAUGAGCGAAGACCUGGACGGUCGCCCCAUUCCCGCCAGCGGCUUCGUCUUGCUGCCGUACGCCAAUCCUGCCGGUGACGAAGGGCCGCUUCCAACUAUCGCGUGGGCCCACGGCACGGCGGGAGGCACGCGGCAAUGCGCGCCCUCCAACCACCGCGAGCUCUACUACGCCUGGGAAGGUCCGUUCGCGCUGGUGCAGCAGGGCUAUGCGGUCGUAGCGCCGGACUAUGCCGGACAAGGCAGCGACAUCCCUCAGGGGUUCAUGUACGAGUCGGGGGCCCUGCACGCGGCCGACGUCAGCUUGGCCAUCGUCGCUGCUCGCAAGGUGCUGCGCGGGCGGAUCAGCCACGAAUGGGUGGUGGUUGGACACAGCGAGGGCGGCCUCACGGCCUGGCGCACCAACGAGCGCCAGGCGCGACCCGGGUCAGCGGUGGGUGGAUUCCUGGGCGCGGUGUCCGGCGCCCCUGCCCUGCGUCCGUUGUCACUGAUCCCGCGAUCCUUCCGUCUGGCCGGCGGCGGGCCCGUGGGUGACGUGGUCUCCAUCUACGUACUGCAGUCGAUUGCACGCCUCGUGCCGUCCAUCCGCGUGGAGGACUACGUGAGUGAUAUCGUGGCCAGCCGCAUUCCACUGGCCGAGCAAGGUUGUCUGCAAACGGGAGAUGUGCUGUACGGGAACCUGACAGUGCCCCAGCUGUACAAGAACACCAGCUGGCUGCAUCACCCCGACGUCGUGGACUGGCAAAAACGAUACAACGGCGUGGGUCCGCACCGCCUCGCGGCGCCCAUGCUCGUCCUCCAGGGACUCAACGACACUCUAACGUAUGCCGACCUGGCGGAGCAGGAUUUCGAUAGGACCUGCCAUGCGUUCCCCGAAACGACAGCGCAAUAUCUGCGGUAUCCAGGCCUGGAUCACGACCCGGCGUUCAUCGCGGCUCAGGCACAAUAUCUGCCGUGGAUCCGAGAUCGAUUCGACCACAUUUCGGCAACCUCGUGCGAGAAAUCCACAAUCUACACGUCGGCCAGGUCCUCGAGUCAACUGCGCUUGUGA